UAUUUGCGCAUGCGUAGGGCGCGGCAUGCGGCAGCUGCUGCAUGCUAGAUCGAUCGACCGGUCGACCUUACGCGCCGCUCUCUGUGUGUCGCCUUUGCCUGGCUCAUCUACAGCGGCCCAGUCCAUCUCUGCAACCUACCUCGCUUCUGUAUCUACAGAGGUGCCUUGGUGAACACCUCUAUGCUGUAGGUGUGGCACCAGAAAACGGCUGGGCGGUUGCGGUUUUCGGGAUGUGCCCCUGCAGCAGCCGCCUUCCUCCUCCCGGUGUGAUUGUUGCCUGAUUAGAGAGACAUGGUCAAAAACAAGGGAUCUCGUGUGUUCCACUGCACUAUGGUCUUCCCGCUCGCCCUACUCUGCUUUCUGGCCAUCAUCUCGUUCGGGAGCUUCACCAGCGAGCACGUCAAGAUACGGAACAAGAAGAUACGGACCUCGGACAUGGACAACCGCCCGCGCGGCGUGUCCGCGGAACGAGAGAGCCCGCACUAUUGCAUCCUGUUCACGCGCUCCGUGGGGAAGGGAAGGAACCUGGUGGAGCUGAGCGAGAGCCACACCUGUUCGUUUGCCAUCUGGGGCGGCCUCUCCGUCUUUUUCCUGUCGCUUUUUCUGGGCAUUGUGUUUGCUGCUAAGGCUCUCUAUGGAGUGAAUGUGCGCUCCUGUUUCUCUGCCGUUGAGUUGGUGGUCAUUUUUCUAGCUAGUCUGCUGGAUUUCUCGGUGGCGAUUGUCUUGUCGGCUGGGCUGGACCAUACCUGUAGUGCCUUUGGAGAGGCAGCCGGGCAGGAUCAGCCGUGCUCUCUCUACCAUCUCGAGUUUCCAGACAACUCUAGUGUUGCAUUUUACGGGAACCUCACGACCGCCAAGGCUACAGCCUGGAUUGGUACAGUGAUACUGGACUCACUCACAGUGGUCUAUUUGGUUCUGCUCUGUUUCUACUGUCGCCGCCAAUGGUGCCUUGGGAAGACUGAUGAGGAUCAGCAGUUCAAGCCACUUAUCAUGACCACUUUUGGCGAAACUCAAGUUUGAUGUCAUUCUUCCCAAUAACCCUCAGUCGUAUAUAUCUUCACCGAUUACAAUUCGCACAUCGCCAGCAGUGUGUGCGCGUGUGCGUUGUGUGUG